UUUACUAAACUGUCAAAAAAGGAAAAUUUACAACACUGUGAGAGGGUUGCUUGUGUAUUUCUUGUGAAAAAUUUUAAUAAAAAACAAUUUAAUGAAAAUCGUAUAGAAAUAAAUUAAUACACAAUGAUCAGCGAUACCUAAGUUAAUAUUUAACAAUAAAAAACAAAGUGAAAGCUUUAAAAAUUAAAUAAAUUUCUAGAUUUUCCAUAAGUUUGUACGGACCGUAGUAGGAAAAAAAGAAAACACACAUACCGAGUAGUAAGAGAGACAGGAUUCACAAUGGAACGUUUUGCCAUAAAAAUCGACAAAAAACUUAAGGCAAAUUUAUAUAAAAUAUGUCGUCUUUGCGGCAUAGAUAAUCCAGAUAUGGUGCCAAUACUCACGGAUAAGCCAGAAAAUGCAGCUAUUGAUGUGGAGGCUGAAAUGGAGAUGGCUGAAAAGAUAAAUUUACUACUUGGUUUAUCGGUAACAAAGGAUGAUAAAAUGCCACAGAGUAUGUGCUAUUUGUGUGUGGAUAAAAUCAAUGAUUUCUACGAGUUUCGUGAAAUGUGCUAUUCCACAAAUGCCCAAACUCGCAAACUAUUAGGCUUAAAAAAUGUCAAAAAGCCGCCCGUGGAUAUAAAACCCAAAGUAGAGAUAAAAGAAGAAUCUAUAGUACCCACUAAUAAUACUGCAAACACCCCUGCUGCUAACAAUAAGGCUAAUCGUAAGCGUAAAACCGAGGAGGUGGCUUUAAAGGAGGAAAUACCAGCAACGCCGGUUGUUCUGCCCAAGAAAAAACUACGUUUCUCUGCAGUGGCAGAAACCAGCAUUAAGGAGGAAGUACCAGUAAUAACUAAGAAAAAGUUGAGAUUUACCGUAACGAAUGAUGAAGCAACACCAACCGCAGCCGUCGGUAACAAGAAAACAAAAAAUGCUUUUAUUGAAGAGAGUAAAUUGAAAAAGGAACCCUCACCGCCAGUGUCAGCAACAACUGCUGCGGUCAGUAGUAAGAAACUAAAAAUGUCAGCGCCUACUCCAAAAGAAAUAGCUGCUAAGAAAUCCAAACAGAAACCUGGUAAAACGGCUGAGUUAGAUGUUAAAGAAGAAAUCAAAGAGGAAAUUAAGGAAGAACCCUUACCCGCAGCAGCCCCUGCUCCAGCGGCAAAAGUACCGCCUGCAUCAAAGCUUAAAUUCGGCUGCAAUAUUUGUAAGGAACGUUUUGCUGCUAAAAUUAAUCUCGAUGCCCAUACGCGGACUACGCAUAUUCCUAAAAUUGAACGUUUCGUUUGCACCGCCUGUAACGAGGUACUCAGCAAAAGUUUCGAUAUUAAAAAUCAUCAAUUGUGGCAUAAACUUUCGAAAACACCUUAUGUCUGCGGCUGCUGCGGCGAGUCUAUAUUAAAUACGUAUGCAUUUUCAAGACAUUUACGAGAGCAUGCAUUCGAAACACCACCAGCUCUACUCGUAUUAGAUCGUGAGUGUCCCCAGUGUCACACUUCGUAUGCUACGAAUUAUCUCUACAAUAUCCACAUAUGUGCUGUGAAAACAAAACGUUGUGCUGGAUGCAAUCGUUUACAGCGCAAUGAUGCCGAAUAUAUAAAACAUUCCGCACAGUGUGCCAAAGUCUACUUAAACUAUUCGAAACAUAUUAUGCCCUCCGUGGAGGCAUUAGAGGAUGCGGUGCGUAUUAAAAAUGAAAAUGAUGUUGAGGCGGCUGCCGAAGAAAUGGCACGCCUCAGUGGUGUACCUCUGGAUAUGGCUCCGGUGGUGCAAUUAACGAGAUUAUCAUCACCUAUCAUUAUGGCAGCUAAUCAAUGUGUCUCAAUGACGGGAUUGGAUGAUGCCGCCAGUACAAGCAGCAAGAGGAGUGGCAAAAAGGGUGUUUCGAAGAAAGAUUUAAAACGUGUUGAUGAACUUUUGAAAUCAACCUUAGAUGCUUUGGUUAGUAUUAAACAUGAACCCGAGGUGCAUGUGGAACCGGAAACACCAUGUGCUGGUGUACACAGUGAUAAUGAUGAGCAUAAUGAGUCUCAUGUUGGUGGCCUAGAUGAUUAUCAUCAUAAUGAUGACGAUUCCGAUUAUGAAAAUGAACCAGCAAAUACUGCUGCUGGAAAUAUUGCGCCCAAUAGCGAAACUAAUGUGGCCAACGAAAUAACAUCAGUGGAACAAAUUAAAAUUAAACAAGAAAUUGAUGAAAUAAAUGAAGACAAUGCCAAUAAGAUUGGUGGUGGUGGCCUUAAAUUAAAAAUUAAAAAGGAGCAUGGCCAAUUGAAUUCAUCCAUAAUAGAACAACAGAAAUCCUCUGAGAAACGAGCCGAAAAACGUAAGAAGAAAAAGAAACAUAAGGAUAAAGAGAAAGAAAAACAAAAAUUGUCUAAGGACUUGCAGGACGAACAAAUGUCACAAGAUUCGAAUGGUCAUAAUAAUGCUGAGGAGAAUAUGGCAGCUGCAACAACAAUACGUAUUAAAACUGAACCUCAAGAUGGAACAGAUGCGGCAGAUAUGCAGUCUGUGGCCAGCACUAUACAAAUUAGGCCGCAACCAGAGGCUACAAUCAUGACGUCUAUACCAAUGAUGCAAUUUCAAAUUGCUUGUGUGUCGAGUGGCGUUGAAUUUAAUGGUGGAGCCGCCAGUGCAGUUGCUGAAACACCACAAACAAUGGCAUCUACAAAUCAUGAAGCUGAGCCUGAAGAUGUUAAACCAAAUCGUGAAGAAUUGGAUCGUAUGAUGAAAAUAUCUCAUGUAAGCAGCGGUAUUGCCAUGGAAACAGAUGACAACGAAGAGCAACCCAUGGAUCAUGAUGGCAAUGAUGAUGAAGGCAAUGGUGGUGAUGUGGAUGAAGGGGAAGAAACAGAUUAUCAUGAGGAAAGUAAUGAAGAUGAUCAUCAUGAUGAUGACAAUGAAUCUGCACAAGAUCAUGUUGAUGAGGAACAGGAGGCGGAAGAAGAGGCAGAGGAUGAACACGAUAAAGACAUAGACAAGACAUCGGAAGAUACAGGAAUUGACAAUGAGGACAUUAUUGCUAAGAAGAUAAAGAAACCUUUACUAAAACCUAAAACUAAACUAGCUUUGAAAUCUAAAGUGAAAUCUACACCAAGCCUUACAAAAAGUCGCAAUAAGGCGUGUAAAUCAACAGCAAAACCUUCCAAUAUGCCUGUUUUACAAAUUACUGCCGUACGCAGUGGUGUAACAUUGGAGCCUACAGCUCCCUGCGACAGCGACUUUAUUCCUAUAUUCAUUAAGCCAGAACCCCAAAAUCGUGGUUAUUCCGAUGAACAACCUUUAGUCGAAACGCCACGACAAACCGAAACAGUCCAGCCUCAAGAGGAAACUGAUGAAUUAUCGAAUACUCAUACUGCUGAGGAACAGAAUUAUAUUUCUUCUAUUGAUUUUAAUAAUAUAACAAUCAAACAAGAGAAGGAUAUCGAAAUAAAUGACGUACAAAUCUCUCAAAAAUCUGUUAAAUCUUAUGCAGAUUUCAAUGGCAUUAAAAGAAAACGCAAGGCCCAACGUCGUACACAUGGUAUUAAGGAUAGAACCUUAAAGAAGGAUGAAAAAUUGGCAAAUACUGAUGAAAAUAUGGAGGCUGAAGAAGAACAUGAAACCGAUGAAGAAGUUGAGGAAGAAAUCGAUGAUGAAGAAGAAGCUGAGGAGGUUGAAGAAGAGGAAGAGGACGAUGAAGAAGAGGCUGAUGAAGAGGAGGAAGAAGAAGAGGUUGAGACAGAUUUUGAGGAAGAGAGAGAAUACAGAGAACUCGAAUAUCCACCUGCACUGGAAAAGGAAGCUGCUAAAGAAACGGAGGAUCCAAAAUCUAAACCUGUUUUAGAAAACCAAAUGGACAUUAGUGUUAAGGAAAACAUAGCUGACAGUAUUCAAGUCAAAGAAAGCAACAUGUCACAACCCUCCUUUGUUAUAGCAAGUGUGUGCAGUCAAGUAGCAAUAGGCUCCUCAGAGGAUCUUCACAAAUUUACUGGUGGCAUGGAUAAUAUGGAACAUACUCAAGAUCUAAACAAUCAUAAUGAUAAAUUACUGAAAGAGGCUUCUGUUAGUGAAGCGAAUGAAUUAAUAUCACAAACAGAAGAUGAUCCUAACAAAUCUCAGACAUUACAAGCAAAUCAAGAUUUAGAGAACGUGAGGGCGGAAAAUCCACAUUUGUCAGCAGUUGUAGGUGCUUCGGAAAAUAGUGAUAUAGCAAUGGAAACCCCAAGCAUUGGAAUUUCUAAUGUACCCGUGACAUUUAAUGGACCACAAACUGAAAAUACUCAACUAUUACCAGCAACACUGCCUUUAACAGCCCAGCAGGAAAAUAUACAAGCCAGUGAAAUGUCUUUACAACUGGGACAACCAUUUGAGUUGGGAGUAGACCAAGAAAUUAAUCAAACUUUAAAUACCAGCCAAGUAUCAAACAUUUCAGAUUCCGACACACAAUUAACACAAAAUUCUGGUCCACUUAGACAAGACCAAUUAAGCAUGAGUCUGGGAAAUCCAAUAACACAAGAUUUACACCAACAUCCUCAACAACUUCAAUGUGCCGAACGAAAUUCUCAAGAAAAUAUCGAAUUACCAACAAAUAGUCAAGAAAAUCCUCCACAUACUUUACAGGGUUCAUCGCAUGAAGCUCAAAUUCCUCAGGAAUAUACUAGAACUGAUUCUCAAGAUAAUACGGCUCAAGAUCAACAACAACAACAACAACUUCCACAACCUCAUACAUCACAAGAUCUGCAACCAGUAUUCAAAAUUAGUUCUAUAACAUCUGCUGCUAUUGAUGUAACACCACAAUUUUCGAAUAAUCCUUCAAGCAACAGCAAUGAUGAUGAGGAAAUAUUGAAAGACAAUCAAGAAGAGACGGCGGCGACCAUUGAAGGUGUUGUAGAACAAGCUAAAGAACUUAAUUUAGAAGCACAACCCGUCACAGAAGAAAUGGAGGUUGAUAAUGAAAAUGAAGAGGAUGACGAGGAGGAGGAGGAUGAUGUCAAUGAAGAUGAAAAUGAACUAAAUGAUGGUGAUAAUGUUAACAAUGAUGAUUCCUCCACAUUGUGUAACAAUUUAGAAGAACGUCAAAAUUAUCAAAAUCAAGAAGUUUUAACACAAUUUCGACCAGCAGCCUUAGCAUUACAUCCAUAUUUGGAAGAUAUUUCAUCGAGUAGUAAUAGUUUGUUAAGUAAUUCUUUAUCACAAACACCACCACCAACAGCAACAUCAUUAUCAAUAUCCUCCGGCACAACAGCAGCGUCAGCGAGUGCUGAACGGCGGCUUUUAAACACUGAAGAGACUGAAAAUAUUUUAAACGAAUCAAGUGAUGCUCUCAGUCGUCGUUCAUCCGUAGUAGCGGCAACUGCGGCGGCGGUAACUGCAGGACAACCAGUACCGCCAUCACAUUUAGUCCAACAACUACCGCCUCACAUGCCAACAUUUAAUUUUGAUAAUAUCAAUGAAAUUGCUGAAAAUAACAAUAAUGCCAAUAUUGAAAGAGAACAACUGCAAGAUGGACAACACCACCAGCAGCAACAUCAGCAACAAACAAGAAAUAACCAAUAAUGUAAUAUAAAAUAUUUUAGAUUUUAAGUAAAUCUUGCCCUUUUCCCCCUUCCCCUACUUUGCACCCCAUUUUACUUUUUCUUGGAAACCUUUUUAUACAAUUUAAAACUAUAUUUUUUAAUUUACUUUUAAUUUUUUAUAACUAAUUUAAAUAAUUAAAAUUAUUUAAAAAAUAUUCGAAAUAAAUUAUUGUAUUGUAAAUUGUACACUUAAGAUUAUUAAUUAUAUACUAUUUAUAAUGACAUCUUAAUUUUGCCGCAAACCCCUUAAAUCAUUACAAGAAAAUCUCAUUUCAAAAUUUUCAUUUUAUUUCGUUUUUUUUUAAUAUUUUUUAUUAUUAUUUUAAUUGUAUAGUUUGUAAUAUUUCUUUUUUUAAUUUCAAAAUUAUUUUUUAAGGUUUUAAUUUAGCUUUUAACUACAAAAGAAAAAAAAUAUUUUUAAUUUUAGUUUAUAUGUUUUUUUUUAAUGAAAUCAAUCUUUAAAAAAGUAAAAUAAAAUGUAGAAUUAUUUGAUAUAACA